AAGCUGUUAUUAAUUCAAUUAUAAUUUAAUGUCAUACUUUUUGUAAGUCCGUCAGAAUUAUUUUGAACUAUUUUCAGAAUAUUUGUCCUACGUGAUUAUUUUAUUUAUUUUUAAAUAUUUUUAUUAAACACAAUGGCAUUUAACCCUUUUGGUCCUACUGAAAUAUACGGCUACCAAACAUUAUGGCAUACUAUAGGAAAUUAUAUGGCUCGCAUUGAACAAUAUGAAAAGUCUCUGCCGUUCUUUGAUGAAGCUGUCCUGAAAUGCCCCAAUGAUAAGAAGACGCUCAUCGAUAGAGGAAAAGUAAGAGGAAAACUAUGCAACUUCCAAGGAGCUUUAGAAGAUAUCAACAGAGCAAUAAAAUUGGACCCAAAGGACCUGGUCUCUUUGGCCGAACGAUCAGAAGCUGUUUACCUUAGUUGCGAAUUUGAGGACGCAAUAAUACAGAACUACAGGCUUCUUCCUCUCCGACAGAAACCCGACCACUUUUCCAUGGGGAUUAGAAAAUGUUCAACGGCUAUAGAAAACUGUCUUGGUCCUGUUGCUGGAUGUCCUUUAAGAGAUUAUUUCUUGAUUAUAAGAAAGUUAGCUUGGCUGGAAACAUUUCUCGCUGAAAGAAGAGUGGCAUUUGUGGCGAAAAAUAAGAAAAUCAAGAAACCUAAGAGAAAAAGACGCGAAAAGAAAAAGACCGAUGGAGAAGAAACUUUCGAUCCAACAUUACAAAUAAAAGAUAGUAUUUACAGUCACCAAUCAAAUAAUUUUAGAGUUCCCCCUCUUAAACAGUCCUAUCAUUUCUCCCCUUUACAAAAUUAUACAACUAACAUAGAAAAUUACAUGGCGGAAACUUAUUUGGAGCGUAUGUACCGUGAAAAGGUGUUUGUAAAAGAUAUAUUAAAGAAACCAGGACUUAAUUGUCCAAACCAAGAAGGUGUAAAGAAGCUAAGAACAAUUGCUAAGGAUUGUUACAAGACAGUCUACGAUAAACAAGAAGUUUUAAGGACUAGGAAACCGUUUUAUAACAUUAAAUACCAACAGGCAUUCAUAUCUGGUAAUCUGAAAGACAGACUGGAAGCUGAGCUACAACUUCACCAAGAAAAUACCAGAAAGGAAGCCGAAAAAAUAGUUACUAGAUUAGAAAAGGCUCUUGCUGCCGACAACCUCACAGCUGUUGUAGACCUUACAGAAAAAUUGAAGAAAUACUGCGAUUCAAAAUCAAAGCGACUUUUACCAGACAAACAAAUUUAUCUUAGUAAAAUCUACGACAUCAUUCGCGAUGCUUUCUAUCGAGUAAAUAGAUUAAAUCCAGAACAGCCAAGAUGGCACCAAGACAAGAGGAUACUGGUGGCUCUUGGACAGCCUAUUAGUAGAGAACCAUCAAGAGAUUCUGUUAUCACGUCGUAUCGCCCUCCACUUCUAGACUUUGCUCAGCAAAUUAAAAUGUUCGAAGAUCGCUUAGAAGUUGCUGAAGAUGAUAGUGAAAUGUUAUGGUACUACCACGAACUUGCUAGGUACAACUUGCUGGCGAAAAAAUAUGAAGUGGCAAAAUCAUUCUGCACAAGAUGCAUCCUAUUAGCAGAGAAAAAUAACGAGUACCAAUGGUAUAUUAAUGGGACAGUUUUACAAAUGAGAAUAUGUAUCAAGUUGAUGAAUAAAAACGAUGCUAUAAUAGAAGCUAAUAAGGGUAUAGAGAUGGCCAAGGAACUGCACGAUAAAAACUUGGAGAAGUAUUUACAAAGGUGUAUACUCGUAAUAUCAGACUUAGAAUUUGACGAUCACACCGGCAGGAAGCAACUACAAAGACGACAAGAGAAGAUUUUGGCGUUGAUGCAAAGCGACAAAAUCAAGUCGGAAUUCUCACAUUUGUUCAGGAUCAUGUCUGCUCAACCAGAUAGUAGAAGAAUGAAUAUAAUUCCUGGAAUGGGAAUGAAGAAGAGCAGCAGUGGACCCAUGAAGAAACAGUCACUUGCUUCACGUAACAGUAACCGACUGUCGGUUUUAGCCGGGUUCUAACGUAUCCAUGACAAGAAGGAGGAAAGAUUUGACAAGCAACUCUUUCCAAAAGCCGGCCGAUUGUUUACCUAUUUAUCGAAUUAUGUUGUAUAGAGUUUAAUGGUGUGAUAGUGUUAAGUAUUAUCACUGAAAAUAUGAAUCAUGAAAGAGCCUAGAAUCUUAUGAAUUACAAGAAAUACCCAUAGAAGACAUUACACAACAAAAUCAGAAUUGUGCUAAUUGCGGAUGUCUUAUGCAAUAAUAUGCAGAUACAUGGACAGACAAAGAUAAAUGAAUAAACCCUAAUAAUAUUUACGACUAGAAGAAACUGCGUGUAGUAUUUAGAGUAGUACUAUAAUUGUAUGUAUAAUAAUUAUAAUUGUAUGUAUUACCUGUAUUGCAUGUAAAGAUAAAUAAAAAUAAUAAAACAUG